GGAAGGGAAUAUGGAGGAGAUGAUGGCGUUGAUAAGAAACCCAGAGAAACAGAGGAACCAACUCAUCAGUAACGCCACUUUACCAAGCUGGAAGCUUUACGAGAACCCAUUCUUCUAUUAUUCCCCAAAACGACGAAAGCGUCACCAUCGUCUCCAUCUGCCACUCUCGGCUCGCAAGAUAGCUGCUUCUCUCUGGGAUCUUAGCUUCUUCACACCCAUAAUGGACUCUGAGCUAAUAAACGUCAGAGCCCAGAUCGCGGAAUUGAGGUCAGAGCUUGAGUUGGAACGCAAGGCUCGUAAGAAGGUGGAGUCAAUGAAUAAGAGAUUGGCCAAGGAGUUGUUGGAGGAGAGGAGAGGGAGAGAAGCGGUAGAACGAGUGUGCGAAGAGCUGGCUAAGGAGAUGGAAUUGGAUAAGGCAGAGAUAAACCGCGUGAGGAGAGAAAUGGAGGAAGAGAGGAGGAUGCUGAGGAUGGCUGAGGUGUUGAGGGAAGAGAGGGUUCAGAUGAAAUUGACUGAAGCGAAGAUUUUGUUCGAGGAGAAGCUGCUGGAGCUGGAGUUGGAUUUCACUAAACCCAAGAGAAGUUUUCAAUUUCGGUCUCCAUCCCCAUCUCCAGUGGACGAGGCUAAAACAGAGGAAGAGGAGAGUAGUAAUAGAACUCGUAAAGAGGUCGCAACAAGCAUCACAUCACCUGGUUGUGGGAGUUAUUUGAAGAAUUCCCACAUUUCAAAUUCGACGAAAUUGUCAUGUUUUGACAAUGUAGGUGGUCGAUCGACAUCGACAGUGAAUCAGAAUCACAGAAAAGCAUCACCGGAAGUAGAGAAUCCCCACAUACAGAGAGGUAUCAAAGGCUUCGUGGAGUUUCCUAGAGUGGUUCGGGCAAUUGGCCCCCGAGGAAACCAUUUGGGCUCCAAGUUGAAGUGUCAGAAAGCUCAACUUCGCCUUCUAAUGAGACACAGGAGCCCCGUCCGAAGCCAUAAUUUCAUCCUGAGUUGAUCUUUCUCUCUUUCUUGCCUCAGUGGAUUCCUUUUUAAUUUAUUUGUUAUUUUUUUAUCAGUUGGGAUGAGUACUCUUUUGAGUCUUUCUGGGUUCAUAUUUUUUUUUCUUUUAAAUGGUAAUCUUUGUAGUUGCUCAGUUUGGUAAUGGAGAUCUGCUGCAAACCGGAUAUUGUAGUACGAAAUCUGAAAGAGAAAAGGCUGAUGCACUUCUUUUCUUGCAUCAUUUCUCUGUUUGUUUAAAAGGUUAAGCUUUAAGAAAUGGAUGUAGUCCAAUCGAUUCUCCAUGUUUGACUAUUUUGGAGAGAGAUGAAGGAAGGGAAAGGCUAAUGAA